ACAAUCUUCAUUGAUUUAUGAUUUAUUCAUGUUGUGCGCAAAAUGAUAAUAGUGGCGGUGUCGAAAAUUAUGAUAAGAAUCUUUAAAAUUACCAGGUUUAAUAUCGUGCUCACUUGAAGCACUCUUUGACGAUUCAUUAAAACGUUUCUGAGUGCAUUCAUUAAAAGUCUUGCGAAAACCCUCAAUAACCUAACAUGUUUUUCCCUUUUCCAGUCUUCUUAAAUUAUAGGAAAACAGCCCUAUCAAUACAAUUAAUUGAAUAUUCAAGAUUUUUUUCUUAAAAAAUGGGUGGGCAAGUCAGCCAGGUUUUUCAAUCAGGCAGUGCCCUUUUGACUAACGGGCACGGGCACAAGGUGUCCGAAACGACCAGACGUCGUGUAAAGGACAUCUUUGAUUCCCUGACAGCCAACCCAAGAAUUGGCGUUCAAAGAUUAGAAGGGCACCUUCUGCAGCUUCCAAAGAACGAAAACAUCCUGUCUAUUCACGAUGAAGGGGGUUACAAUUUACUGCAAAGAUGCGUGGGGGCCAAUAAUGUGGAACUCGUUCGGUGGCUGCUGGCACGUCACAGUUCAGCAGAUGUCAACAGGUUUCCUUGCAGCCUUCCUCUCCACAUUGCUUGCCUGAAAGGGUACGAUGAAUGUGUUGAACUCCUGUUGAAGCAUGGAGCAAAAUCUGAUGUAGAAGCCAGGAUGUGUUUUCCUGGACCACACAACAGUAACUGUGAGCAGAGAGGAAAAUACUCUUCCGCAAUGCAGCAAGAAGAAACGUGCAUUGAGAGAGAUAGCAGAGAACGGAUACCAAGUAGCAAACUCCAAUCAGCCAUUUUUUACGCUCUUGAUGGGGAUCAAGUGAAUAUUCUGAUGUUAUUAGCGCAGAGGGGAGAAGAUCCGUGGGUAAGAUUGUCAGAUAUUGAUGUAUACGAGGUCUGUUCAAAAAAAUAAGGUAAAAUUCAAUUUUUCUCAAAAACAUUCAUUUAUUCAUCAAUUUCUAUUUUGUCCCCCUCCAAAGUAGUCUCCCUCAGAUAUAGUUCACUUGUGCCAGUGUUUUUUCCAAUCCUCGAAGUUUUUUUUUUGUCUAAAUUCAGCAAUUUUGGAAUAAACUUCGCUGCCACACACUUCAUGCCCAAAAUUUCCCAAAAAAUUGCAUAUCAUAAAGUCAGACCUCAAAGAAAUGAAGAAUGGUGUUCCUCAGGGAUCCGUUUUAGGUCCACUAUUGUUCUUGAUCUACAUCAAUGUUCAUGCAGUCUCAUGAAACCAGCAAGAUGUAUCUUAUUUGCAGAUGAUACAACUUUAAUGUGCUCUAGUAAAGACUUAACUAGCUUA